GGCUUAUCGAAAAAACAAAAAUUCAGCAUUUUGUUCUUUUAGUUUUUGCAGAUUGCUCAAAUGUUUUUAUUGCCAUAAAACAUGGUAAAUGUUAUGAAAGGAGUGCUCGUGGAAUGUGAUCCGGCUAUGAAACAAUUUUUGCUACAUUUGGAUGAGAAACUGGCGUUGGGUCGAAAAUUUAUCAUACAAGACUUGGACGAGAGUCAUUUGUUUAUUUCCACGGAUAUUGUUGAGGUGCUUCAGGCGCGCGUUGAUGAGUUAAUGGAUCGCAUUAGCUUUCCAUUGCACGAGAAGGAUCCAUAAACUUAAAAAAUAAUUA